CGUCUCUACAUUUACGAAGCCAAAAUAAAGCCGUACUCUAAACCAUCGCAAUAAACCCCCGAAUCAAAACGGCCCCACAAAAACCACUCACUCGAAAAGACCAUUAUGCCCUCCGCCGACCGAAAACACCGUCGGAGGAGCCCUAGCCCUAGGCCCCAGCAGCGCCUCCUGCCACAACAACACAAGCACGAUGAUCUCGCCCUCGACGGCGCGUCGUUCUCCGGCGCCGUCUUCAACCUCUCCACCACGGUCGUCGGCGCCGGCAUCAUGGCCCUCCCGGCCGCCGUCAAGCAGCUGGGGAUGCUUCCUGGCCUGAUCGUGAUCGUGCUCGGCGCCAUCAUCACCGACGCCUCGAUCGAGAUGAUUCUGAGGUUCAGCAGGGCUUCCAAAGCGGCGUCGUACUCGGGACUCGUCGGAGAAGCGUUUGGAGGCGUAGGGAGGACGUUAUUGCAGGGGUGUAUCGUCGUUAACAACGUCAGCACCCUCGUCGUUUACAUGAUCAUCAUCGGUGACGUGUUGUCUGGGACAUGGUCAGAUGGGGUGCACUAUCCGGGCGUGAUGGAAGAAUGGUUUGGUCAAUACUGGUGGAUCAAACGAUCUUUCUUACUGCUUCUUACGACCCUCAUUGUUCUUGCUCCUCUGAUAUCAUUCAAGCGAGUGGAUUCGUUGAGGUAUACAUCAGCCUUGUCUGUGGGAUUGGCUGUUGUAUUUGUGGUGAUCACAGCAGGAGUAGCUAUUGUUAAAGUGAUUAAUGGAAGCAUUGGAAUGCCACGUUUGCUGCCUGAACUUGUUGAUCAGGCGUCUUUCUGGAAGCUUUUCACUACUGUUCCAAUAAUAGUCACUGCCUAUAUCUGCCAUCACAAUAUUCACCCGAUAGAGAAUGAACUUCAAGACCCCACUCAGAUGAAGUCAAUCGUGCGAACAUCAAUCACACUGUGCUUAAUUGUCUAUGUUGCAACCAGCUUCUUUGGAUUUCUCCUAUUUGGGAAUCACACACUGGAUGAUGUACUUGCCAAUUUCGAUGCUGAUCUCGGCAUCCCAUACAGUUCAUUGAUCAAUGAUGUGGUGAGGGUGAGCUAUUGCAUCCACCUGAUGCUUGUUUUCCCAAUGGUGUUCUUUUCCCUUCGCCUCAACCUUGAUGGUCUUCUCUUUCCAUAUGCCAUUCCAAUUGCUUAUGACAACCGGAGAUUCUUCUCAGUGACAGCAGCUCUCAUGGGUUUCGUUUUCCUUGGAGCCAAUUUUGUGCCUAGCAUAUGGGAUGCAUUCCAGUUCACUGGUGCAACUGCUACUGUCUCCGUCGGAUUCAUUUUUCCUGCAGCCAUUGCCCUUAGGAACACUCAUGGAAUUGCAACAAAGAAGGACAGACUAGUUUCGUGGGUGAUGAUACUUGUCGCCGUGUCUUCGAGCACUGCAGCAAUCUCCAGCGAUAUUUACAGCAUUUUCAGCAGUGACAACGGAGUUGGAGGUUGAUAUUGAGUGGCAAUCGUAUUUUCAUGCUGUUCUAUGAUUCGUGCGCUUUCACCCCUGCAGUAACUCAUUUGAUGACGAAGAAGCAUUCUAUUGAGAUCAAACCAGCGCUGCAAUUGCUGUUGAUUUUUGUAGACUCCCCUGGUUUAAAUAAAUUGCAUACUCAGUCCAGCGGUGGGUUUUAAACAGCUAUGGCUUUGGAUGUUUAAGGCUGCUGGUCACCUCACUUGGUCCACCGGAGGAGAUACCGAGUUAUCAAAAAAAGGAUUGGCCACAGAAAUUUGAGUAGAUAAAUGUUUUGAACACAAAAUACAUGUAAAUUGUUUGUUGCUUCUUUUAGGUACUGUUAUGUAGUAGUAACUUCUUACUGAAUGAAAGAUGAUUUUUUGCCUGAAUGAGAUUAACAUUAACAA